GGCGUUCCAUGUCCGCAGGGCUGGGUGCGAUUUAGAGGAUACUGCUAUCUAGUCAGUAGCUCUAUCAAGACUUGGCACAAUGCCCAAGCGUACUGCAAAAGACUGGGAGGAAAUCUAGUGAAAAUCAACAGCAAGGAAGAAAACGAGUUUGUACUAAACCUCGUAAACAAGCUCGCCCCAUCGCUGAAGCAGAUUUGGAUCGGACUCGUGUGGGACUCUCGCGUAAAGGCCUUUGUGUGGUACGAUCAUUCAGUCCCUACCUUCAUCAAAUGGGCCCCAAAUGAACCAAAUGGAAAAGCCAUUGAGCCUUAUGGCAACAUGUGGACUGGUUACGCAGGGAUUUCUGUUAAGGCAUCUGGCGACUGGAAUGAUUGGGUUGCAGAUGCACCAGCCUGUGGUCUCGUCUGCAAGAGGCUGCCCUAGAUGUUAAGCCUGCUUCAUUCCCGAUCAAAGCCGAAAGUAGAGUGUAGUGGAAAAUUAAAGCAGAUUCUGGGUCGACAUUCUCAAAUGCAGACAAGAAAACAUUUUAGUGCUAAUUUCUAAAGGGUUAAAAAAAGCGGCUUAUGACUGAAAUAAACACUAUGUAUCCCUUGUAUCUUGUUUGUUUUUUCUUUUAUGUAGAAGAUUCUUAUUCCUGGCCCAUUAAGGUCUUUCAGUGGCAGAUCCAGGCCUUCAGAUAAGUUGAGGGGGAGGGGCGGUCAUCCAGACCCUGAGAUAAGAGGGGGGCCUGGUCUCCCCACUUUUCCUUUUCGCCCUUCGGCCCACAGUUUGGUCUAAAAAUAAAGGAGGGUCCCAGGCCCCACAGGCCGAUCCAAUGGAUAUGCAAUUUUACAACUCAAGAGAUGUUCGCAGAAGUGCUGCUCACUGUUUUUAGAUCGUUUCAAAAAUAUUCUUCACAACCACUUGACAGGCAGUGUGGGAAAGCGUUAAAUUGCAAAAGGAUGGAGAAAAGCGGGAAUAUCCGUACUUGUUCUGAUUGUUCAGACUGUUCAAGGGAAGACAACCUUAUCGACUGAAGAUGCAUUUGAAAACAUUCAGGCGAUCCUUAUCUAAAAGCAAAUUGGCAGCGCAAUCGAGUUACAGUUGCUUAUAUCAGUGUACUUUUUAAAAGAUGUUAUGUUGCUGACAAUGUCGAACAUUUCAGCCAUUUUCUUGUUGGGUUUCUAUUCCGUUAUGGUUAAAAAAAAAAAAAUCAGAAAUGGACGUUUAAAAAACGUGCGCCAGUGUACUUGAUCAGCGAAAUUUUAUUACCUUGAACAAUGGUGAUCCGUUAAAAUCGCGAAAUAUUUCUAUUCCAAAUUCGCGAAAUUAAAGUCGCGCGAAAAUAAGUGAUAAUAUAAUGAAGUAAACAAACAAGCACUUGUCUUGUUAUUCACUUCUGUUUGACAUCCCCUGCAGUAAAGCUUAAGCAUCUCGUCUGAAAAUGAUGAAAUAGUCUCGGAGAAUCAGAUGAUUAUCAUGCUUUUUUUGCGUGUUUUGGCUAGAAAGUCGUUGUUUAUAUUUACUGAAAAAGUUGCGAUGCUUGUAAAAGUUAGUUUAAAGAGGUUUCAAAUUACGUAUGCAAAUUUACUUAUAUUUUUAAAACAAAAUUUCGAAGUCAGCGUUUUAUGUUUUGCUUUGAACGGUACACUACAACGGUAAAGGUUAUUUAAAACAUUUAUAUUAUUUACCAUUUUGACAACUAUUAAGACCAUAUUUCUCCUUCUCCAUCGCGACUGAUCCUUCAUGACGCGACCCGACGCAAGUUAUGUACCAAAAACAAACGCAGUUUAUGAUUAAUUAAGAAGGUAGCCUUCACAUAAAAAAUAUACAGACACAAUUGUCCAAAAGGUCAGAUAAGCAACCUAUUAUUGUUGUUUUUUUUGGCUUAAAGUGAAACUUUUACUCGUCAAAGUGUAAGAUAAGGGCUGGGCGCGCAUGAAAGCACUGACAGGCGGUGUGAAUUUCUGCAGAUGGGAAAAAGUAAAUUGCUUUCUCGAAAUCCUUUUGACUGAUGAAUAUUCAAAAAUUAUGUAUUUUCUUUUCGUAACUGAAAAGCCGAUAUGAACUCGUUUAUUCAGCUUAUUCAGUUUAUUCAAUGAGUCAUCACUUUGACGGAGAACUGUGAGAAACAAGAACUCAAAACAACUACUCAGCAAUUCCCUGACCGCUGGUGAGACCGAAUCCGAGAUGAAACUGUUUUCGGCUAUUCUAGCCAUAUAUUUGGCACUUUUAUGCGCAACAGACCUAGGUAUUUUGUAAUUUUUCCAUACCACCAUACAGAGUAAUGUUCGCCGAGACCUAGCAAAUCAGCAAAAGAACUAACUCAGGGGAAAGCAAAAAACUAAUAACACUCAUAAUUAGGAAAUUGGUCACACGGAAUAAUACUACACUUAUUUAUCACAAUAUCGGGAGCCUCUGUAUGAUACCUGGGAACGUCGUUUUCGUCGAGUUCAGUUUUCCACCAAAUCGUCGGUUUUACAAAGAAAUCAUCUCAUAUCAAGCCAAAUUGUUUUGCGUGGUACUAAACGCUACUGGCGAGCGCAACAACGUAGCGACGGCGACGGCGACAAAGACGAGAAAAUAGAAAAGAAACAGAUUUAAUAAGCAAAAUAAAAACACUCAGUGGGGGAUCGCACGAAAAAUGUUGUAAAACGCAGCCGGAUCGGAAUGAAAUCAUCAUUUCAUCUUUAGCGAUCGUUGUAUUUCGUCAGAAAUACUUCUCCAAAAUCUUGGUUAUGAUCACUUCAUCGGCUACAAAAAAGAUACUAUUAGCAUUUUUCCGUGAAAAGGUUGCAAUUUCCAGUCACUAGUACUUUUCACAAAUUGAAGAUCCUACUUAGAUAUUGUUGAUUGAUGUGAGUGCAAUUUUUCUUGCGGUUCAGACCGGCAGUGUAAUUAAACGAAGUGUUGUCAAUGACCCAACACUUGCAAAACUGCAAGAUAUCGAGCGAAUACUUGCUGAGUAAUGUUGAUCCCGCAAAAAAUAAACCCCCUCUUCCCCCCCCCCCCACCCCCCUUCGAACUAAUAGUUAGACUUUGGUCAAUUUUUCUUCCAGUGCCUUCUUUCAAACAACAGUACCCACUGCAGGUACUUAUUUUUGCAGUUCAGUGUUAUAAUUUGGCGUUUUUCGCGAAAAAGAAUCUUCGUCAAAUUUAAACACGCACAAUUCAAUGGCCAAAUAGUUCAUAGAAUAUUCAAAUCACAGAAAAGAUGAUAAAACAUGUAAUUAUAACAGUAUAUACACAGUACAAUAAUGAUUUGAAAAAUACACGAAUAAUCCACUGAUUUUUAGUAAGUUCCGUUUUGUAUCUUCUAUGAAAGAGGGUGUUUUAAAUUAAUUAAUAUUCGCAUACUGAAGAAGAAACUCUGGCUAGUAUCCGGCCGGAUGCCCAUACAGUUAAUCUACAACACGAGGAGCCGCAAGGAGUAAAAUUUCUGUCCCGUAAUUUAAUCAGUUAAAUCAUCAAAGUUGACAGGUCUUUCUGAUGAUCAAAGCGACCGUUCGGUUUACCAUUUACACCUUCAGUGCGAAGACUGUCACGGGAACAUUAACACCUUCAGGAUAAUUGCUUGCCAUAACAGUGGUAGGUCGCGCGCGUCUGGUCGGUUUCGAAGAACGUGAUCGUGACUGUUGUUUUCAUUCAGUGACUGUGCGCGUUGAUAUGCCAACGUUUAAAACAGACUGCAACAUUAAAUUUUUGUUAUAAAAGCAAAGAAGCUGCCGAGUAGAAACUAAACCGUUCCAGACUUAUUCCGUUUCAUUCGUGUACUUUCAUUUUGAUGGGGUCUGUAUGAUGAAUUUACUUCUGCCUUCUAAUCCGGCACGUAAAAAACAUAGAGAUAAAACAUUCAUUUUGCCUUUGUGGAGUAAAUUCAUCUUAAAAAAGUUAAACUAGUGGACCACUUUCUCCGCGUACUUGUAAAAAUAGGCAUUUAAUAUGUCGCGCUACAGUGCGAAAAUCUUCUUGUCGUGGAUUAGAUUUCAGUAUACCUAUUGUUAAUCUUCAUUUCGCGCCAGAAUAAAUUAGUUUGCGCGCAAAGGGCGUCUAAAAAAAAUCACAAGGUUUGUCCCACUUCGAGUCCACCUUCUGGAGAUACGCCGGCAUGGUAGCUGGAAUACAUUGCCAAGGCGAAGAUCUGGCAUUUUUUCCUCCUCGUCUGUUUUUCCCCGCAACGUUUGUUUAUAUUUGUAGUGAGAAUGCCGUGCAUAUCGGUGGAUUUUACUUCAGUCAAGCGGCUUCAGUUCCUGCGGCUUGCUACUCAUCAUAAAGAAGAGUGCCGGAAUCGCUUUGUUCGCCUUUAACAGAUUUGUUGUCAAAUGCAAGGUAAAAGAACGGACUACUGUAAGGUAAGAAUUGAAGUUUAAAUUUGUUUCUCGGCGAAAAAUAGUGCAUACAACUCGUGAAACCCGUGAGUAUUACCUCUGUUUAAUAUACCGGAUGUCAUGCGAUGACCCCUCGUUUUUACGAUGGAUAAGACGGAUACGAACAAUAAUUUCUUUCGCAACGUUUAGUAUAAUUUAUUUAAUAUGGAGAUCAUCUGAGAACGAUUUUUCGUUAUAUGUGCUUCAUUUCUUGGCUUAUUCCGGCUACGUGCGAAAAAUUAGAUGACAAUGUUUGUGUGCUAUAAUUAUACUGAUAAUUUCUUGCACCUUGAAACUCAUGAAAGCCAAACUUGUUUAACCCUAGCAAAAAACUCUUUUAAUGGAGGAACUCAACCUGAUAGUUGCACUAAAAUCUAAUAAUUGUCACUGCAUUUGCAGGCUCUCUGUAACCUCGUGGGUAGAACAUACCUGAAGGUUACGUUAAUAAUAAUCACUGCAUUUGCUCUCUGUAACCUCGUGGGUAGAACAUACCUGAAGGUUACGAUAAUAAUAAUCUUUGCAUUUUCUCUUUGUAACCUCGUGGGUAGAAUAUACCUGACGGUUACAUUUAAUAAUAAUCACUGCAUUUGCUCUCUGUAACCUCGUGGGUAGAACAUACCUGAAGGUUACGUAAAUAAUAAUCAUUGCACUUUCUCUUUGUAACCUCGUGGGUAGAACAUACCUGAUGGUUACAUUAAUAUUACUGCAUUUGCUCUCCGUAACCUCGUGGGUAGAAUAUACCUGACGGUUACAUUUAAUAAUAAUCACUGCAUUUUCUCUCUGUAACCUCGUGGGUAGAACAUACCUGAAGGUUACGUUAAUAAUAAUCAUUGCAUUUUCUCUUUGUAACCUCGUGGGUAGAAUAUACCUGACGGUUACAUUUAAUAAUAAUCACUACAUUUGCUUUCUGUAACCUCGUGGGUAGAACAUACCUGAAGGUUACGUUAAUAAUAAUCAUUGCAUUUCUCUUUGUAACCUCGUGGGUAGAAUAUACCCGAUGGCUACAUUAAUAAUAAUCACUGCAUUUGCUGUCCGUAAACUCGUGGGUAGAGUAUACCUGAUGGUUACAUUAAUAAUAAUCAUUGCAUUUUCUCUUUGUAACCUCGUGGGAAAAAAAAUUAAUGCCUCUCUCCUGGAAAUUUUACCCUGUCCUUUCAGCAUAGUGAUCUUUGGGUAGCGAAUUCACGUAAACAAGUAAAACGCUUUUUUUAACAACAGCAUUUAUAUUACUUAGCUUUUUGAGGGAGGUUAAACAUUAAUGGAAUAGAAUAUAAAAAAAGCUCAUAAAGCGGAAAAAGUUAUCUUUACAAAAUGCGCUUUGACAAUGUCAAGGAGUGAAAUAAGCUGAGGUUUUGUAGUUAGCCCGAAGAAAACCUGUUCCUGCAUGAAAAGCAGUUCUGAUUCCGUUCUCUUAACUAGAAGAGAUGCAUAUCCCUGUGAACCAGUUUUUUAACCAGGAGCGAUUCCCGCUCACUUCUGAUAGUGACACGAGUUCCUAUUUCAAUAUAUGUCUAAUUCAAGCUUAGCCGCGUGAUAGCUCUUCAUUUAUAGCGAAAAGGUCCAAGUGAUAUUUUGAUUGACGUGUUGUUUUGGAUCCUGAGGUUUUUUAACACCUUUUCUCUAGCUUAACUGGCGAAGAUAUUCUAGGAAUUUGCCCUUCAAUUCCAAAUUCUUUGAUAUGCCGCCAGAUGCCGUGCAAAAAUAUCACCCCUUGCGGCUCCUCGUGUUUAGAAUGUCAGAAACGUUGAAAAAAAAAAUCAAGUUGAGAACAUUUGAAUCGCGAAAUUUAAUGCCUUUUGUUCAUAUGCUAUCACAGGUAACCCAGGCUCUGUGAUAGUACCACCGUACGGUUCCAGUAAAAUUACAGUGUUUGUAUAAAAUACCAUCCUAAAAUUUCUAGGAAAUACUAAAUAAAGAUCAAUGAAACUUACUCUGCAGUUAAUUGUUGUUGUCCUUAUUGCUCCAAUGAAGUUUCGUGAUAAUUUGCAGUAAUUUGUUCAAAUUCACUUUAUAUACAAUAAUAAUAUACAAGGUAGGAGACACGAGAUGCCAUUUUUGCCGACAUGCUCUCAUUCAACACAACUUUUUCCACGAAAUUCGAACUGCAACGAAAAAUAAACAUGCCAGGAUCGUAGAAAUAGGAUAGCAGCAGAUAUAGAAACCAAUGAAACUUUCCCAGAUAGAGAAACGAAUCUCAGAGACUUUAACAAACUCGAAGGAUAUAAUCCAAACAGACCGAGAAUAUGCUCGCCGAAGCAGCCGGGCCAGAUCAAAGCGCGGCCAAGAAAAUGAGGUCUGGACACUGUACAAAAAAUUCCACCCAGGGAGUCCUGAGGUGACCUUUCUGGGGACCGAUACAUCAUUUGCCCAAAGCCACCCUACCCUGCUGAAAAAAUACUUGAUAGAAAUCCUUCCCCAGAAAGGUCACCUCAGGGUGCGAUACUGCUAUCUUGUCAAUAGCUCUAUCAAGACUUGGCAAAAUGCCCAAAUGUACUGCAAAGAACUGGGGGGAAAUCUGGUGAAAAUUAACAGCAAGGAGGAAAACGAGUUUGUACUAAACCUGGUAAACAAGCUCUCCCCAUCGCUGAAGCAGAUUUGGAUCGGACUCGAGUGGGACUCUCGCCUAAAGGCCUUUGUGUGGUACGAUCAUUCAGUUCCUACCUUCACCAAAUGGUCCCCAAAUGAACCAAAUGGAAAUGGUCUGGAGCCUUGUGGCAACAUGUGGACUGGUCACGAGGGGAGUUUUACUAGUGCAUCUGGCGAUUGGAAUGAUCUCACUUGUUGGCAUUCUGGUUUACCCUGUGGUCUUGUCUGCAAGAGGAUAUUCCCUAGAUGUUAAGCCAGCUUCACUCCCGAUCAAAGCCGAAAGUAGAGUGUAGUGGAAAAAUUAAAGCAGAUUGUGGGUCGACAUUUUCAAAUGCAGACAAGAAAACAUUUUAGUGCUAAUUUCUAAAGGGUUAAAAAACGCGGCUUGUGACUGAAAUAAACACUUUGUAUCCCUUGUUCAGUUCUUGUUUGUGUUUUUCCUUUUAUGUAGAGAAUUCUUUUUAUGGUCCAUUUACGUCUUUCACUCUCGAAAGUGGACGAAAUUAAGUCGAAAUUCAACAUAGGUUGCAGGUCUAAAUCAUCCAAUAAGAGAACAGCGAGCAAAAGGAGAUAAAAGGGAGAAAUUUCUCAUGUCAGACAUAUAUAUAUAUUUUUCUAGCGUGCACGCUAAUUUCGUCUGCGCGCAGGCUAGCUUUUGGUGGCCAGAAAAAAGCGUUUACUAUGACAAACAGGGUGACAGUUCUUUCAAAAGAUAACUUUCACAAGCGCUAAAUAUAUAUACCCUUGGUGUUAUAGCCUUAGCUUAGCCUUAUAAUAUAUGUUAAAAUUCACUGUGUCAACAAAUGACGAAACAUUGAAAGCAACUUUGAGAAAUGUGCAACAAGCCUUGUAAAGAUGAAGUAUAUACUAGCUUUCGUUUUUUCCUACGAGCGUUUUGAAUAUUUCCCAAUAAUUGUAUAAUUUUUAUCGGGCCUUCGGCCAUGUUUAGGCCGAUUAUAAACUUUCCUAUUUUUCACAAACACGGAGCUUCGCUGGAACUUUAGCAUCUUGUUUUUAAAAAAAGUUUACAAAAGGGUUUUUGGUGAAGUUUAAAAAUAUUGAAGCUUUUGAUCUGGCGCCGGAUUCUCGAUAGUAGGGACCUUAAAAUCUGAGGACGGCAACGGCAGAGAAAACGUCGCUGAAAAAGUGAAUUCGCGUUCUUUCAAUCUUCAUCGCGAUUACUCCAAGCCACUAACUUUGUCAAACGUAGGAGAACCCUCCUAAAGUUGAAAUCAUUAGUGCCAUAUCCAAGUUCAGAAAGAGAGAGGAAAUUUCAUCCUCGCUUGUAUACUUCCUCUGUAUAUCGUGAAAUUAGGCAUUUUCACGUCGUAGUCGUGCAGUGACGGCAAAGAAAUGUAGAAAAAAGCGUGAUGCACGUGCAAGAAUUGUUGUUUUGCUAAUUAAACCUAUUGCUUUUGUGACGUUCCCGUUGCCGUCGCGCGUCGUCGGAUUAAAGGUCCCUAGUUACGUACGUACUGACAACGGCUUCAAAGCACUAGGCUUCCAAAGAACAAAUCGGAAAAGCGCAAUCAUGCAUGCAAUCCAUGUGGACUGGGCCGGAGUUACCCUACCUGCCUAUCCGCGCCUCUGGCUUGGUCUUGUUUGCAAGAGGAUCCCUUAGUUGACAAGCUGUCUUCAUUGAUGAUCAAAGGCAAAAGUAAACAAAACAAGGGAACUUCCAUGGAAGAAACAGGUCAAUAUAAUGUAAAAGGAAACUACAACUGCAUCAGGGUCUUCGCAUCUUGUCAUUCACGUGUUAUAAAACCGCCAUGCUAGAGAGCAAGAACAACCCUCACAGAAGUCGUUUAGCCUUUCAACCCUUAUCUGUAAAUAGUCUAAAAUAAACAGGAGUUUUGAGUAACGUAAGCGACAUCUUAAUAGUCAUUCAAUAUAUACACGCGUAAUACUUGAAACAAGAACGCUCUAUAGCGUUGAGUCUCGGUUGCUUGGAGAUAAAUUUCAUUGUCAGCUGGUGCUAUUAUGCUACUUUUUCGUUAGGAAUACAAAACGAGUGUUAUAUGUCAUAAUGUAAAUACUUGAAAAUUAAGAUUUGCAAGGAGAGACAGGCCGCACAUCUUAGCUUCACACCGGUGUGAAGCCUUUGAAAACCUUCUGUAUAUUGAUAUUGCUCCUACAGUGAGGAGAACUCUUUCAGGGAUUUAAACUCAAAAGAUUGAACGAUGAUUUUUAUCCGAGUAUAAAUAUGUAUAUCGUCUAUGUAGCCCGGUAUGUAGCCAACAAGAUACGGCUCGGUACAGUUUUUGUUCAGCACAAGAAAAAUGUUUAAGUUUAGCAGAACCUUAUACGGCAACAGACAGAUCAUUCAGUUCGCGCGUAUUCUUGUUGAAUUUGUUGUCCGUCUAUUAAAAGAUAUCAAAAUUGCGUGAAAGUAAUUACAUUUUCCAUGGCUGUUUGGUAUCUACUUUAAAUAUCUUCGUACAGUUGAUGUUUACGUACGCGAUCUCAGGGUACGAUGUUUAGAGCUGUACACAGCGUGCAUUUUGUCAGGGUAUCACUGGGAUAAAGCGUUUAAUUUUCCAGGAAAAUUCCAUUUUCUCGUCAAAACAAUAACUGACUCAGUGAGACUCGGAGUAGUCUACUGAAAUUUAGUGCUCAGUACAGCGAGCGGGGUUAAUUUUUUGUGAAAUUUGUCUACUCAGUUUGCGGCCCACAUCACCACGAUCCACGAUUUUUAUUUAUUUAUUUAUUUAUUUAUUUUAUUUUCAAGUUUUUUUUAACCAAGCCUCGAUCCUCGAUCCCCAAUUCUCGAUCCCCAACCCUCCAUCCUCCAAUCUCUAUCCUUGAUCUUUGAUCCUCGAUCCUCAAUCCUCGAUCCUCCUUUUCUAGUAAACCUCCGACCCGUUCCGGAAAAGCUCGAUAUGGAAUUUCUAUUCUAUGGACAUGAGGUGGUGCAAGUAGACGGAGUAUAACGUCAGACGCGUAGUUGAACUUGCUUCCAGUAGUGCUCGAAGGUUAAAUCCUUGAAUCAAUAAUCAAUAAUCUUUAUGAUGCUUUUGUCGAUGUACAUGGUUAAAUGUUACGAGAAUAAUGUGCACUGACUAGGAAGCUGAAUGAACCAGUUGGUUUUCUUGUUAGCUCCCUAAACAAUUUAGGUUCUACGUAGCAGGUGUUGCGGAAUUCUUAUAACACCGCUCGCUGGUUCAAACAAAUCAAGAGGACUGUAUCUUUCGAUGUGACAACACGAUUUAAUCCAAUCCAACAAUCUACGGCGAUGUACAAUUCCCACAUAUUCAACGGUCGUAACACAACGACCAACGAUUAACGAUCAACUAACAACUAACACAUUCUAAGUAAUAGAGAAGUUUUUGUUUUUUCUACUAUCCUUGCGUGCGGCAGUAUUUUUACAUAUACUACUACAUGAGAAAUUUCUGAAAUUUGAUUGGCGCAGAGCAGUGGUAUUUCAGCUUAAUUUGAAAUACCCACAUUUGAAAAUUACAAACCUUUUGUGGGUAGUAGUUGCUGCGGAGCGACCGAACGGAGCGAGCAGCAACAUAAUCAGGAUUUAAAGGAAAUAUAUAAGGGGCGACGAAUUCUCGAAUUCAUCACUUUUUACCACAAUGCAUUGCAUUUAACCACACGUUUUACCACAAUGCAUUGCAUUUAACCAGAGUGCAUUGCGCCACGACCAACUCAAAUAAAAACACGGGGAAGUUCGGUGGGUGAGAGUGCAUCGUUCGCUGCUUAGACUUAGAGUUUUCUCUGUGGCAAAUUUUCUACAGCACGGUUAGAGAUCUUACCGAAUUUUAAGACACGCAGGAGUCUUUCAGAUGAGUACGAUGGUUAACUUGGGGAUUGGAUUUCAAUUCAAGAGCCUUUGACUCGUCCAGGUGUUAAACCUGACGAGAAGAUGAGCAUUUGCUCUUCGACUCCGCAACACGAGGGAUAUACAAAUUCCAGCUCGCUAGAAGGUGAUGUGAAAGUGAGAAAAUGUCAUGCAAUGCUAUUCUUAAGAAACUGUAUGAGCCGAAAAUGGAUGUGAUUUUGACAUUCGCUUCAAAAUAACAGCGGAAAUCGAGAUAAUAAAACAUAUGUUUUGUGUCCUACUUUGCAGACGAGGACGUGUAUCGGCGUUUUGAAAAGCAUAAUUAUGUUCUUUCAUUCAUUCAUUGCCAUGGAAGAUGCGUUUACAUUGUUUUUUCACUGUUAAUAGCUCGGUUAAUGCGGCCGGCGAUCAUCUUGCCGGCGGAAGUUUCAUGGAAAAGGAAUAAAAUGAAAGACUUUUACUACAGAUUACGUAAUCAGCCACUGCGGUGUAGUGGUUAGGUGUAGUCGCGUCGAGUCGAAGGUGCCGGGUUCGAGUCCUACAGAAUUAUUUUUUCCUGCUUUCUUUGUGUUGUUGUUUUCUAUAAAUAUAUAGCUAAAUAACUGUUACUUAAUAAAGUGCAACAAACAGCGAGAAAAGUAUUGUGUUUCGAGAGAAAAUAUCGUGCACCGUAUAUUAAAUAUAUGGAUAAACAAUCUGAAUUUCUAUUAUUUCCUACACUUUACAAUGGGAAAACCAGAGUUGCAUGAUAUGAUUUUCUAAACAACGUUCCCACGAGUUCUUUCUAUAGACUGAUAGUAAUUAUUCUAGUACUUUCCAACAUGUAAAUAGGACAUUCAAUGUCAUUUUCGAUUCUUUUAAGUCUCACUGCCUAACUAAUGCCAGUAUCAACAGAAUGUGCCGCAGCAUUACUAUCUUUUAGAUACACUAGUAUAAACAAAUAAUAGCAUGAUUUGUACGUGAUAUUUGGCAUAAAUACCACUUGUGAUAUUUCAAAAUUGUCUCAAAUUUCACCCGCCCACUGGCUCUUGAAAUUACGUAUAACAAUUUCGAAAUAUCACUCGUGGUAUUUAUGCCAAAUAUCACUAGAAAUCAUGCUAUUACCUAUACUAAUGACAUGUACAGUAGAGGUUCCUAUUGUAAUGCAUCUAAAUUAAGUGACUGUUACAAAAUCGCACGUUCUUUCACCUUAUUUAGCCUAAGAAAAUGCAUACAAUUACAUCAUUUUAUAUCGUAAAUAUACUCGCACUUUUUCUACAUUAUUGUGAAAUCUAAUGUCACGAAAUCUAACUUCUUUGCGCUUCAAAUGUUCAUUUCUAAUUAAUAUUCAAGCACAAAAUAAUCAAGUUAAGCAUCAUUUAUUUCUUUCCCGACAGCAGGUAAAAUCAAAGGAAAUACAACAAGGAAAAAAGGAAAAAUAAACAAAGUAGGAAGAACUUAUAUUUACAUGAACUAUGUUGCUUCAUCAACAAGUUAAGACGAAAAAUUAUUUCAUUUGUUGUUUUGACAGUAGAAAGCGUAUAAUUUUCUUCGGAAAUGCAGACACACUUCAGUUUUUUAAAUGAGUUGGGAGGUCCUGCCAAAUGUCCGUAGCCAUAAAGGAGAUUGAUUGUUUGACUAAGGUUUGUUCGUACGCCUCGGCUUAUAAUUAAUAAGGAUUUUUCUUAGCUGUAUACAUCGUGUUGUAGCAAUGGAUAUUACUAGCAUAUUGAAAUAUGUUGUCCAAUACCUCAGGCAGACAGCCUUCAUGCCAUGAAUGCACGAAUUUUGAGACUUGUAGACGA